AUGCGCGCAAUCGUUGGUUUUGCCGUUCUGCUGGCCGGGCUCAGCCAGGCAGCUCCUCACCAAUCUCAUUCUCAGCCAAAAAGCAAUGUUGACCUAAAUACCCUCGCCCAGCGUGCAGGAAAGUUGUGGUUUGGCACCGCGGCCGAUAUCCCUGGAACGGCCGAGACGACUGACCAGGCCUACCUGAAGAUUUUACGACAAAACUUCGGCGAAAUUACGCCUGCGAAUGCCAUGAAGUUUAUGUACACAGAGCCCGAGCAAAAUGUAUUCAACUUCACCGAAGGUGAUUACUUCCUCGAGGUUGCUGAAAGGUACAACGCCCGCGUACGCUGUCACAAUCUCGUCUGGGUGAGUGAGCUUUCGGACUUUGUCACAUCACAAAAUUGGACUGCCAAAGCUCUCACUCAAGUCAUGAAAAACCAUAUCUUCAAGACUGUCCAGCACUUUGGUCGACGCUGCUAUUCGUGGGACGUGGUCAAUGAGGCACUCAAUAGCGAUGGAACCUUCUCCUCUAGUGUCUGGUAUGAUACAAUUGGUGAAGACUACUUCUUCCUCGCCUUCAAGUUUGCCCAGGAGGCAUUGGCAGAGAUCGGCGCCCAUGAUGUGAAGCUCUAUUACAAUGACUAUGGCAUUGAGAACCCCGGUACCAAGGCCGACUCUGUCCUAGAUCUGGUGCAUGAGUUGCGAAAGCGUGGAAUUCGGAUAGAUGGUGUUGGUCUCGAGUCACAUUUCAUUGUCGGGGAAACACCUUCUCUUGCCGAUCAGGUUUCCACCAAGAAAGCAUUUAUCAAGGCCGACUUGGAUGUUGUCAUCACUGAGCUUGAUAUUCGAUUCUCGGAGGCUCCUUACUAUACUGCCGCUGUUCAGCAGCAACAAGCCACUGAUUAUUAUACCAGCGUCUCUAGUUGUAUUGACGCUGGACCUCGAUGCGUUGGUAUUGUUGUCUGGGACUUUGACGAUGCUUAUUCUUGGGUGCCGAGCACAUUUUCUGGACAGGGUGGUGCCGACCUCUUCAAUGACACCCUUCAAGCUAAGCCGGCUUUUUACUCGGUGGCCGAGGCGCUUGAGGGAAAGACCUGCAGUGUAUGCUAG